AUGUUUCAUAAUGCCAGCAAGGCCUCGCCUCCAGCGUCGGGCAGCCCUUCUGAGGACCCUUUUGGGGAUGAGCGAGAGGCGGCGGUGAAAUAUAAAACCAUGUCGUGGUGGCAGACUGGGAUGAUCAUGAUCGCAGAAACAAUCUCUCUUGGGAUUCUAGCCCUUCCUAAAGUCCUGGCAACUUUAGGUCUCGUCCCAGGAGUUGCGGUGAUAAUUGGUGUUGGAAUUCUUACCACUUACACCGGUCUUGUCAUUGGACAGUUCAAGUGUCGACACUUGCAUAUUCAUAGCAUGGCCGAUGCUGGUGAGAUUCUCCUAGGCAAAGUUGGGCGUGAGGUGCUGGCAGCUGCACAACUCGUCUUUUACAUGUUCAUCAUGGGCAGCCAUAUUCUAACAUUUUCCAUCAUGAUGAAUGUUCUCACUGAACAUUCUGCAUGCACGAUCAUUUUCUCGAUAAUUGGCCUGCUGGUCUCUUUCGCUUUUACGCUUCCUCGACGCCUGGAGGAACUGUCACAUCUCUCGACAAUCAGUUUUAUUAGUAUCGUUGGGGCUGUCUUCAUCACCAUCAUCGGAACUUCCGUCACUAAAUCGUCCACUGGGCCGAUCUCUUUUUUCCCACCCAAAGCUACCGCUCAUGACACCAUGGUUGCUAUUGCAAAUGUGGUUUUUGCGUAUGCCGGGCAUGUUGCUUUCUUCACGCUAUUUUCGGAACUGAAGGAAAUUGAAGACUACCCGAAGGCGGUUGCAUUACUACAAGGGAGCGAAAUUAUUCUUUACACAGUUUCUGCUAUCGUGAUAUACGUCUUUGCCGGGCCUGGCGUUGCUUCCCCGGCGUUGAAUUCAGCGGGGUCGCCGUUUAGAAAGAUUGCAUAUGGAAUUGCAAUUCCUACGAUUGUCAUUGGAGGCGUUGUAAAUGCCCAUGUCGCUGUGAAAUUUCAAUACGUUCGGCUGUUCCGAGGCACCCAGACCAUGCACACGCGGUCCCUGUCCUCGAGGUUUAUUUGGGGGAUGCUUUGUAUGAUGUUUUGGGCCCUGGCGUGGCUAAUAGGGGAAAGCAUCCCUGUUUUCAACGACAUACUUGCCCUGGCGAGUUCAUUAUUUGCUAGCUGGUUUACUUUUGGUCUGCCAGCCAUCUUCGGGCUUCAUAUGCAUUAUCACAGUCUCCGGAGCACGAAGGUCAUCAUGGGUUGGGUACUCAACUUUGUUGUUCUCGCGAUAGGAGUAUUCAUUGUAAGCCGGCUAAGAGACCCGGUUAUGUGUUGUAUGCUGUGGAGCAUCGUAUACUAA